AUGGGAUCUAAAACUGACAACUGGCAGGAUAUUGCCAAGCAAAAGCAGCAGGAUAUCAAGGCUGCUAUCCCAUCCAAAUGGGUCAUUCCAGACGAGAAGCUGCCUUCAGAAAGCCAAGCGGAUGUGUCCAAUUUUCUGUCUCAGUCUGGAUUUUUCACAAAUCGCGAGAUUGAAAUUGUCUCAACUGAUGCGCUGAAAACGCUGAGCUAUUUGUCUACAGGUUCCUGGAAAUCCGAGGACGUGACCUUAGCGUACUGUAAGGCCGCGGCUGCAGCGCACCAAUUGACCAACUGCUUGUCGGAAAUAUUUUUCGAUGAAGCCAUUGCUCGUGCAAAGGAAUGCGAUGAUUAUCUCCAGAAGCAUGGUCGUCCCAAGGGUCCAUUUCACGGAUUUCCAAUUUCCAUCAAAGAUAAUUUCAAUAUUAUUGGGAAGCCCUCUACAAUUGGUAUUGCAUUACUAGCAAACACUCCUGCAACAUACAAUAGCACCAUAGUGGACUUGAUCCUGCAAGCCGGUGCUGUCCUAUACGUGAAGACAAAUGUUCCUACUGCGGUGAUGCUUGGAGAAACGGUCAACAAUGUUACCGGUCGGACAUUGAAUCCCCUGAAUCGCAGUCUCACAUCAGGUGGAUCAUCAGGAGGUGAAUCGGCGCUGAUUGCAUUCGGCGGCAGCCGAAUUGGCGUUGGCUCAGACAUUGGUGAGAACACAAUAUUCACCGGAGAGGUUGAAUACGAUCUAACAUAUCAUGCAAUAGGCGGUUCUCUUCGUAUACCGGCAGCUUGUACCGGAAUAUUCACCAUCCGGCCAUCCGCUGGCCGAUUUCCUCAUUGCCGAGCCCGAUCCGGGUUAGCGGGCCAAGAGGCUGUGAUGAGUGUAAACGGUCCCCUAGCCAAAACUCUUGAGGAAAUAGUCUUCUACUCCAAAACCAUUAUCGACCAAAUGCCCUGGCUUCAUGAUCCAAAGUGCCUGCCAAUUCCAUGGCGAACUGUGGAGCCAAAAAGAAGACUAAAACUCGCUGUUAUGUGGAACGACGGCUUGGUUACGCCAACUCCACCAGUCGCUCGCGCUUUGAAAGAAACUGCCGAAAAGCUCAAAGCUGCGGGGCACGAGCUCAUUGAUUGGGAACCAACGGGGCACAAGGAAGCACGGGAUCUUCUACGUCGGAUGUUCGUUGCAGACGGAGCGAAGUCAAUUCGCAAGCUGCUCGAGCCUACUGGCGAGCCAUUCCGCCCAGAGAUGGGUUCGUAUGAGAAAUCACAGGAAAUGGGGGUUUAUGAAAUGUGGCAGCUUCAAGUGGACCGCAGCGAUCUCCAGAAGAAUUAUCUUGAUCACUGGAAUUCUGUUGGCGAGCUAGACGGUAUUCUGUGCCCAACAAGUCCCUACAGCUCCGUCGAGCACGGGAAAUUUGAGUACGGUGGAUAUACUGGCGCUUACAAUCUCCUUGAUUACUCUGCCGUCUCCUUCCCGUGCGGGAUCAAGGUCGACGAGAACGUCGAUGCUGCGUACAGCGGACAUAAUCCGCUCAGCGAAUUUGAUGUCCAGGUGCAGGGUAGCUAUAACGCCAGUUUAGUCCAUGGAAUGCCUGUGAGCCUGCAACUGGUUGCUCGACGCCUCGAAGAAGAGAAGGUUUUGGUGAUGACAGAGACUGUUUUGAAAUCUUUGUAG